GAAGGCCAAUGGACGUAAGAGUCUGCCAAUGGAAGGACGCGCGACUGUGACCGACAUCUCCGCGGCCAAUGGCUUUCGAGCAGCUUUAUGAGGUGCAAAGGCUGGAAGGUUCGCGAAACGCGAACGCCGCGAGCUGAGGAGACGCUAAUGGCGGCGACUGGAGCCAACGCCACGCCGCUAGGGAAGCUCCAUCCACCCCCACCGCCGGGGAAGCCGGGCUACCCGAUGCCUCCGCCAGGUCCCCCAGGGCUGGUCCUGCCAGGACCCCCACCUCCACCGCCCCCAGGCCCAGGCCAGGCCCAAGCCGCUCUGCUAGGCCCCAUGGCGGCUGCUGCCUACCCCUUCGCCGCGCUGCCGCCGCCGCCUCCUCCGCCACCCCCGCCCCCUCCGCCGCCCCAGCCGCAGCCCCCGCCGCAGCAGCCGCAGCCCCCGCCACCCCCACCCCCGCCUCCUCCCCCGCAGCAGCAACAGCCGCCGCCUCAGGCCGCGGGGCCUCAGCCCCCUCCUCAGUACGGACAAUACCGGUAUCCGUCCCCGCCGCCGCCCCCGCAGGGCCACGAGCAGCAGCAGCCGCCGCCGCCGCAACAACAGCAGCAGGAUGAGAACGGCCCGGGAGGGGGCAGUAAUCACGAUUUUCCUAAUAAGAAGCGGAAGAGAAGCAGAUGGAACCAAGACACCAUGGAGCAGAAGACCGUCAUCCCAGGAAUGCCCACUGUUAUCCCUCCUGGACUCACUCGUGAGCAAGAGAGAGCUUAUAUAGUGCAACUGCAGAUUGAAGACCUGACUCGUAAACUGCGCACAGGAGACCUGGGCAUCCCCCCUAACCCAGAGGACAGGUCCCCUUCCCCCGAGCCCAUUUACAAUAGUGAGGGGAAGCGCCUGAAUACCCGUGAGUUCCGCACCCGCAAGAAGCUGGAGGAGGAGAGGCAUAACCUCAUCACAGAGAUGGUGGCCCUCAACCCAGACUUCAAGCCACCAGCUGAUUACAAGCCUCCAGCAACCCGAGUGAGCGAUAAGGUGAUGAUCCCACAGGAUGAAUAUCCUGAGAUUAACUUUGUGGGGCUUCUGAUUGGACCCAGAGGUAAUACACUGAAGAAUAUUGAGAAGGAAUGCAAUGCCAAGAUCAUGAUCCGGGGGAAGGGGUCAGUGAAGGAAGGGAAGGUGGGCCGAAAAGAUGGCCAGAUGCUGCCUGGAGAAGAUGAGCCUCUUCAUGCUCUGGUCACUGCCAACACCAUGGAGAAUGUGAAGAAGGCUGUGGAACAGAUUCGAAAUAUUCUGAAGCAAGGCAUUGAAACACCAGAAGACCAGAACGACUUGCGGAAGAUGCAGCUGCGUGAGCUGGCCCGGCUUAAUGGAACGCUGCGGGAAGAUGACAACAGGAUCCUGCGGCCAUGGCAAAGUGCAGAGACCCGCAGCAUCACCAACACCACUGUGUGUACAAAAUGCGGAGGAGCUGGACACAUUGCCUCUGACUGCAAGUUCUCUAGACCUGGUGACCCUCAGUCUGCUCAGGACAAAGCCCGCAUGGACAAAGAAUACCUGUCCCUGAUGGCAGAAUUGGGAGAAGCUCCAGUCCCAGCAUCUGUGGGAUCUUCCUCUGGCCCCACCAAUACACCUCUGUCAAGUGGGCCCAGACCCUCAGGACCAGGAAACAACCCACCUCCUCCCAACCGUCCUCCGUGGAUGAACUCUGGCCCCUCUGAUAACCGGCCCUACCAUGGGAUGCAUGGAGGACCUGGGGGUCCAGGUGGGCCUCACAACUUCCACCACCCCAUGCCCAACAUGGGCGGGCAUGGUGGCCAUCCAAUGCAGCACAAUCCCAAUGGCCCACCACCCUGGAUGCAGCCACAUCAUCCACCCAUGAACCAGGGGCCACAUCCUCCAGGUCACCCAGGCCCCCACCACAUGGAUCAGUACCUGGGAAAUACGCCUGUGGGCUCUGGGGUCUAUCGCCUGCAUCAAGGAAAAGGUAUGAUGCCGCCGCCGAUGGGUAUGAUGGCCCCGCCGCCCCCUCCGCCCAGUGGUCAGCCUCCCCCGCCUCCCUCUGGUCCUCUCCCCCCAUGGCAGCAGCAGCAGCAGCCUCCGCCGCCACCUCCCAGCAGCAGUAUGGCGUCCAGUACUCCCUUGCCAUGGCAGCAAAGUGAAUACGACGACCACCACCACCACGAGCGCUGGCACCGGGUCCAUCCCGCCAUGGCAGCAGCAGGGGGCUGCGGUGGCGGCUUCUACGGGGGCCCCGCAGAUGCAAGGCAACCCCUCCAUGGUCCCUUUGCCUCCAGGGGUCCAGCCUCCGCUGCCGCCCGGGGCCCCGCCUCCUCCGCCGCCGCCGCCGCCUGGCUCCGCGGGCAUGAUGUACGCCCCGCCCCCUCCCCCGCCCCCCAUGGACCCUUCUAAUUUCGUCACUAUGAUGGGGAUGGGGGUGCCGGCCUUGCCACCAUUCGGCAUGCCCCCCGCACCUCCGCCACCCCCACCACAGAACUGAAGGAUGGAUUUUUUUUCUAUUCAAUUGUCUCAUAAAAUGCUGAAUCUCACCUUAUGGAGCCAGGAAUCGGAGGGGAGAGGCACGUGAAGCCAGGCUGCUGGGAACGUGCCAGAGAUUACAUCUCACACCCUCCUCCUUACUCUAUUCAGAAUGAAGGCUCGGGGCUUUGUCAUGUCUGAUUCCUAUCCGACUGGUGUUUCGGUAGCAGAAUCCACACUAGCUCUCAGGGCACUGUAGCACGGAGUCUCUCUUCUGAAGCAGGGGCUGCCGGGGCUCCCACAGUGAGAUUGGAGGACUCUGGGAAUGCAGCGAGGACACUCCCUCAGCAGGAACCUGCCUGUAGCUGGCUGGUGGCCAUGUUGGGAGAACGGACAGUUCUGUGAAGCGACGCAACUCUUCCCUUGAAGAACGCGGUCGGAACGCUGGCUCCAUAUUGUGAACCUGUUUACUUUAUUUUUUUUCUCUCUCUCUCUCUCUCUCUCUCUCUCUCUCUCUGCGACUUAGAUUUUAAAUCCAUCUGAGGAGAGCAAUGCUCUCUGAGUCUACUCUUUCCAGCACUGCUAGUGCCUGUAGGUUGGAAUGCGGGCAAGGGGCAAGCAAAUGGAUUUUAGAGAUCUCCUUGGACAUGACUUCAUACCAGAGGAAAGAGGCAGGAAAGUACCAUAGCUGAUCUUUAGGCCCUGUGAACCCCAGCAGUAAUACACCAAGUCAGGGCUUUGGCUUGGGGAGGAUUGUUUCUGUCAAGGGGCUACUAUACCACACAAUAGUAGUAAGCAUGCUGGAGGGGUGGGGUCCAUUGUCCUCUUAAGUGUGGGUAUUGGAAUGCCCCAUGGGGGCAGUAGCGAGUUGUUAGUGGUUAAUUGGGUAGUUGAGGUUUCAGUAGGCACUGAGAAGGCCCUGCUACUGCAUACACUCAAGGUCCAUUUGCUUUUCACUUGCCAUGUGCCUAGAAUCUUUUUCUAACAUCUGAAUGUUUUGUGGUCUGGGGUCCCCUUGCCCCCCAAAUUGGAGCGAUUUCUGUUGAUGAUAAUGUGUAAAACGCUCUUCCGUUCAGUCACCCGCAGCCAUUUCUUACUGCUUUUUUGUGUAUGAAUAAAACUGCGUUAGAGGGGAGGUUCCAAUGAAUAAAAGCAGUUUUUUAUAAAGGCCUAA